UAUAACGACAGAUGGGAAAAAAUCGGCGCGACUGAGAAUCAGCGAGAGACCGUCAGCUCGAUCGCACAUUUGCAACCACAAGAGAAUGGCGUGCCUGAAGAUCUAUAUUAUUCUGCUUUUGGCCGUUGCAAUCGGUGUGGCAGUUGCGAAACCGGGAUACCUGGGCUACGGAUACGGCUACUAUCCAUACUACGGCGGCUACCACGGAUUCCACGGAUACGGACACGGAUACGGCCAUGGCUACGGUCACGGCUACGGAUACGGUAGGAUUUAUCGAGGAUAUCCGUUCUAUGGCGGCUACGGCGGCUACGGCGGUUACGGCGGCUACGGCGGCUACGGCCAUCACGGUCAUCAUUAUUAUUAAGGUGGACACGAAGCAACAGUCUUUCUCUGGAUCUCUUGGAUCCACCAUCCUAAGAAGAGUGAGCCCCGAGUUAUUCAAACAUAACUUAUGUCGCUUUCUCCCCGCUAUGUAUUUUCAUUGCUAACAUUGAACCGCCGGACGAUCGAGAUCGGUCGGUCGAAGAACUUCCAUCCACGUGACGUUCGCAUCGAAAUACGCGCACGCAGGAAGUACUUACUUGAGAAGAAACUUUCAACAAACACGAUCACAAAAGGGGAAAAAAUUAAAAAAAUAAAAUAGAUCGCAACGCGCUACGUUCGUACGUCAUAAAUACAUGUCGAGUAUAAAUAUGCCGAUGGAAAUAAAUUGUCACAUCACAGCGAAAAUCGAAUCUCCGUAACGACAUCCUCGAUAACGCCGAAUGACGAUGACGAUACUGCUACCAAUAAUUGUUAUCAACGCACAAUUAUUUCGACAUCGGUCGGUGAGAAGCACCUGCUUGCCGCUUCGAGUGAAGAUACUGCCACUUUUUAUUAGUUUAGCUUGAGAUGUCGCCUCACAAAAUUUAGGGAGCACCCGAGUCGAAGUUCUGAUGCUACUUGUUUUUUACGCUCUUAAGAACAGUUUGCACCUAUUUACUCUCUAAAGUGCAAUCAGUGUAUUAUCGUUAAGAAGCAAUCAAUAUUCACUAGUGAUUAUAAGUAUAGUUCUACUAAUGAGUAAAAUUUCGCUGCAAAAGUCUGUCAGUAGCAAUGAUUGUUUCUACCAGAGAGAUCUAAUUACAGAAACAGUGAAAAAAAAUAUCAUUUAUUACAAUUUCUUUAUUACAAUAAUCACAUUGUCAUCCUUGAAGUGUUGUCAAUAAUUUUAUCUGAAAUAUUCUUAAUUAUGUUUAAUCGAUUCAAAUCAUAUCGCAUUUAAAAAAUACAUUUAUCCCGAUGAGACUCGAACAGUGAAUUACCGGCUAAAAUCGAAGAAGUGUAAGACAAAAGAGCUGAGUGAAAGUGUUUCCAUUGAAGAUUAAUGAAUACUCAUUGCUUACAGGUGCAAUGUUUUACUGAUUCAAUCAGCGAUAUUUUCAUUGAUUCGGCUUAAGAGAGUAGAUAGUCUACAGACUAAUAAAAAUCUACUUUUGCGAUACUGACACUUUUCCCCUGAACCUUUAAAUCUACAGGUUCAUUUUAAUACCUUGAACCACCUCUUUCGAAGCCAAAGUAGCGAAAGUGAAAUUGAAGGCAUCAUAAAGUAAAGGAUGAUUGAAGGCAUCAUAAAGUAGAAAAUAAGAAUAAAUUAUAUAAUUAGAAUCGAAAUUGAAUCUAUCUUGUUAUCUUAGCUCCUGUUGAGUUGCAAAAUAAAAGGUUUAACUAGUGGAAUUAAAAUUUCGACUCGGGCAAAAACAAAAGCGACAAUUCAGAGCGCGGAGAAUCCAACCGACGAUUUGUUUUCUCGCGUACUUGAAUAGGCAGCAGCGCGCAGUGACUCAUUCGUCAAACCGGGAAGAACACAACACCGCACGAUGAUAUCAGUCAUUCUUCUGCGGAAUGACGAUUAUGCAAAGUGACAGGUGCGACUGUCGCGAUCGCAUAAAGUGGAGUGUAGUUUCGAGUGCACUCGAGGCACUGUUUAGAGACACGAGCGAGAAAGAAGACGCGCGUCCGCCUACGCGUCGCUUUAUUCAAUUUGCAAGUCCUCCUGACAUCGCACACGAGAGUCCUUUGUCCAUUAAUUACAGAGCGCGUGGAUCAUACCUCCGUUUUCUUUUUCGUUCCCCUCCUUCUUACAUCAACUGGCGGUUACGGCAACCGAGGUCUGGCCGCGCGCCGAGUGCUUCGUCAUGCGAGCGCCGCCUAAGCUGCCGUAAGCGCGUUUCGGUAUCCUCGGCAUUUCGUAGGAAAUGUAAAGCCGCAUCGAAUGGCGUGUUCGUGUUCCGCGUUCGUCCCGGUGUGCUUUCACGCGUCGAGAAAUAUUAUUUAACGUUUCUCUUUCUCUCUCUCUCUCUCUCUUUCUCUUUCUGUCUCCCAGGCGAGGUUUACAUUUUAGCGCUUCUCCAACGAUCCACGACGCUCCUGACGUUUAAUACGUAUAAUUAAGCUGAUACGCUAAUUAAUCGUCGUUAAUUAAAAGUGCGGAGCUGUCAGCGCACUGUCACCUAGCUGCGCGAGGAUAUGAGAAAUGUUUCGAUGCGAUUGGAAUUAAGUUAGAUAAAUGAUUGCGCGCUCUCUCGGCGCGAGACGCGGGGACUUCUUCUUCGGUCGCGACCCACAUACCCGGACUUUCCAGCCGAAGAGAACGGUAGAUCGUGUACUUUUCGGACCUGUUACGAACGACAACAUGUCUCUGCGUGUAAUGAGCAUCCAGCGCAAGCUGUUUAGAACGUCGGUGCCGGAUAAAAGGACGGUUCGAGGAAAAUCUGCAAAAUUAUCGAACAACGCCGAAAAUAUCACAGGUUGAAUCACGGUCGCGACCCGCCGUGAUUUCCCGCUAUUCUUCGCAUGGAUCUUCGAUUUUACCGAUUUCCAGGGAGAUCCACCCUUACCGGGGGAAAUGUUACUCUUCAUGGUUCACUGCCUUAAAUCGACCUAAGAGUAAAUUCGAUUGUGAAUCUUGGCGCGAAUUAUGGCGUACUUUAUAGACAAAUGCAAAUAAAAAUUACCGCGUGCGAUCACCUCCUGUUUAAUCAAACGUGCAGUUUUGUCGUUCACUUUUAUCGGUGAAAUUUUUUUAAUCACUGACAUCUAACAAAACAUAUAUUACGAUAAAAAUGUAUUGCGAGUUGAAUUAUGAAUCGCGAUCGAUCGUGAUUUCUCGCUGCUCUUCACUCGAGUUUUCCGAUUCUCAAGGAGAUAUCGCGUUCGUCGCGGAAAACGUUACUAUCUUCACGAUUUAUUAUUAUCCUACAUAAGUGCAAUUAACCAAAUAACUUAAUUAAUUAAAUUCGAUUAUGUCUCUUGCGCAAAUUACGACGGAAAUUUAUAGAUACACGUGAAUAAAGA